GAAUAGUCUUGUACACAGUCAAUUGUUUCGUAUAAUUCAGACAAUAUUCAUAGUGUCGCCAUCUUGGAAAAUUUAAGUUUCAAAUCAUCUCAUUCAACUCUUGAUUUAAUGUUUAAAUUAUAUUGUGAUGUUGGUAAAGUGUUGCGAUAAUUUAGAAGCGGUGUAUCGUUUUGAGAAUUGAUCGAUAUAUUUGUUAACAAUGAUUAAGCAACUGAACAAACAUUCGGUACACGAACAGUUGUUGCAACAGGAGAGACUGGUCGAAUCUAAAACUAAACAGAAACUCAACUCUACGACAUCAGUGACACGGAAUGGAAAGCUAAUCUUGCAGUCGCAUGCGACCCCUAGUGCCGAACGGCGGGAACAUCUGUACAAGAUCCUGGUGAUAGGUGAGCUGGGUACUGGGAAGACGUCCAUUAUCAAACGCUACGUGCAUCAGUUCUUCAGCCAGCACUACCGCGCCACCAUUGGUGUUGACUUCGCUCUCAAAGUUCUCAAUUGGGACUCGAAUACAAUUAUACGCUUGCAGCUAUGGGAUAUCGCAGGACAAGAGCGGUUUGGCAACAUGACGCGUGUAUACUACAAAGAGGCGGUGGGCGCGUUCAUCGUCUUCGACGUAUCUCGGGUGGCCACAUUCGAUGCUGUGGUUAAGUGGAAGAACGACCUCGACACCAAGGUGCAGCUACCUGAUGGAACGCCCAUACCUUGUAUACUACUGGCGAAUAAGUGCGAUCAGCAAAAGGAAGGUAUCGUGAAUUCUUCAGCCAAGAUGGAGGAGUAUUGUCGCGAGAAAGGGUUCGCGGGCUGGUUCGAAACCUCCGCCAAAGAGAACAUAAACAUCGAAGAGGCUGCGCGCUCCUUAGUCAAUAAGAUCCUUCUAAACGACAAGCUGCUACACAAUAACGACAAGGACGGCGAGAGAUUCGCGCUCGAUCACAAGAUAGCUAACGGUGAGAACAGCAGAAGCGGCGGCGGCGGCGGCAAGUCGUGCGCCUGCUGACCCAAUCACAAGCCGCCCUCGUGCUGCAGUAUACGAACAGACCAAUCAGCACCCUCCAAAAUUAUUCUGGUCCAAUAGGAAGCCAGCAAAUUAUGACUCCGGGACAAUUCAAAUUUAAAUUUAGAACACAUCAAAAUGUUAACGGUAUCUAUGUACAAUUUAUAGAUAACAUUUUGAAACAAAACAAAAAGUACAAUUUUAACCUUCUAUCUAUUUUUCUUAUCUUUACAACUUCGACUAUGAUCUUUAAAUAUACUUAUAUCGUAAUAAAUAUAAUCUUUAUAUGGUUCCUGAAAUAGUGAAGGGGCUUUAAGUAAUAAUGAGUUUUAUUGUGUGUUUUUGGUUUGAUUCUUAUGACCAUAUUUAAAGAUAUAUUAUUUAAAGUGCCUGUUCUGAACGAAUUUAUGACAUGUUUUUAUUGUAAUUUUGACUCUUAUUGUUUUUGUCUAUUAUUAAUACGUGAAUAGUUGUUAUUUUUAAGUGUGGUUAUCUAUAAGAUGGAAUUUAUGCGGUACAAAUCUGUUAUAAUAUUAAGUGGCUAUAUUUAUGUUAUUUUCUUUAUAAAUCAAAGUUAAGUUUAAAGUAGCGAUUGCUGUGUAUAUUUUUAUAAUUUGUCGGGUUGUUUUUUUUUGUAACGACCGCGUAAUUUCCAUCCAUAUCAACUGUCGAAGCACUAAUGUGCAUUUAUUCAUGGAGUUAUUGAGUGCCAUGUGCGGGCUAAAACAAAACAAAUAUAAAGUACAUUAUUGUGUGUAUAAGUACAUCUGUAACGUUGUGUUAUAAGUAUUACUUAUUUAACGAGAGCGAAUGAAAUUUAUUGUAAUAUUAAUAAAAGUGUUUAACAGAAA